AUGGCAACAGUUUGUAAGGGAAAUAUCGUUAUCCGAUCGCUAGCUAAUAAUAGAGCUCUGAUCUGCCGCUUGUUUUCAAGUAAGGUCGUAAUCCAGAAUUGAUUAAGGACUGUUUAUGUUUUGAUCCAUGAUUCCUGAAUACCUUACCGAUUCCGUUCCUUUUCUAAUUUUCAGGUGGCAGUUCCACUCAGGUAAGCUUCACGUUCGAUCCAGAAUUGUUUGUAUUAAUUCCACGUGGAACACACCCUGGAAACCAGUAAAAUUAAACUGUUAAUUUUUGUGAUUUAAUAUUAUUGUUUUAUUUUUUCCACUUUAAGGCUUUAUUUUAAAAUUGAUUGGCUCUUUUGGCUCGCGACGAUUCUUGAUUUUAUUAAUAACAUUAGAUAUAACUUAUGUUGGUUCAAUGGUCAAUUAACGAAACAAUAGUCACGGAUGAAACUUUUUCGGUAAUUACGAGCGAGCACACAGGCUUAAAUCUCAAAAGUUAAAAUUGGAUGGCUAAUACAGUCGUCUUUAUCUAGCCUGCUGUAUGACAUGGACAGUCAGGCAUUUGACUGUUUCCAUAGGGGUGUUUUAGGGGGAGGUGCAGCGUAACGGACGAACAAGAGUAAAGUUGUGUUGCGGGUUUGCGUUUUUUCUGGACUAUUACUUAAUUCACUGAAAUAAGUGGUGAAAACUUGUUUAAUAAUUAUUAAAACAUUAGUUUCCUGUGACACUUUUGUAGACAUGGUGCAGGAUGUGUGCAACCAAGACGUUUUUUUUCUUCAUCUGAGUGUUGUAUUUCUCUUCAAAUAAUUUUUCUUUUCAUUAUCUCCUAUUUCUCUCAGGACGAGCCCAUUGGGUUUAUAGGCUUGGGAAACAUGGGAGGUCCCAUGGCGAAGAAUUUGUUGAAUGCAGGACAUGAGAUUUUAGUCCAUGACAUAUUCUCAGAGGCUGUUGUAGAUCUGAAACAACUGGGAGCUGCUACAGCCACCACGCCCAGUGAAGUGGCUUCCAAGGCAACCACAAUUGUCACCAUGUUACCUUCCAGGUAAUUUAAGUAUUUGAUACUUUUCUCACUGCCAGCAGAUGCACUUUCUAGUAACCUAAAGUUUAUUAAAAAAGAUGUUUUUCAGCAGCUUAUGCAUCGGAGAAUGAUGUCCAGCUGCAAUAUCGCCCAAAAUAUCAACAGUUGAAAAGAGUGACUGAAAAAUUCCAAGGACAAACUUUUAGCCAAGGGCAUUGUCUGUAACUGUCUGUUAACUUAUAUGAAUCAUAUAUCUCUUCAAAAAAUUAAACCUGAAAUGUCAAGAUGUUUCAGUAGUUAGCUCUAAUGUAUGUAUUCAAUCAGGUUUUUUUUAUUGCUCUUAUAACUUUAACCCUUUAACCCCUAAGAGUGACUCACAUCUUAUUUCUCCCCACAAUAUCACCCCUGAGUCACACAUUUAGGUCAUGAGAAUAAAGGAAAUGAUCACCAACCAAAGAAGUUCUUUAUUGUUAAACAAGUUCUCCUUAUCAGCAACUUAGGAAAUGUGUAGAGAACAGUAAGGAGAAUAUGCAUACUGAUGUUAGGUAGUAAAGGGUUAAAAUAUGCGUCGGUGUUGCCUUCCAACAAUGUCACGGUAAUGCUCCAGUCACUAAACUUAAGCUAGACAAACGUCUAAAUCAUAUGAGUAGAGUAAUUUGCUGAUAACUUUUUGAUGGCCUUGUGCUAUAUAGAAUGAUUUAUCCAAUGAGAUUGUGCAUGGGAUACAGUUGAUGACCCCAAUCAUAAUAAUAUCUGCUCAGGUUGUUAAAAUGUCAGCAACUGCCCCUGGUAACAAUCUUUGUUAGGACUUAUCACACCUGUCGACAAUAACUCUAAGGACCAGCUACCACUCCAUUGAAAUUCAAAUCAUUAACAGUUUGUUUCUGAUUGCAGUCCAAAUGUGAAAGAAGUUUAUUGUGGUGAGAGUGGUAUCCUGAGGUAAAAGAAAAUAGCCCUGUUAUUUCUAGCUUUGUAUUACUUCGAAGAAUACUUCUUCCUUCUAUUCCCUGCACUCUUUUUUUGUGAUGGAGGGAAUCAUCUUUAUUGUUUUAUAUUUGAUAUGAAUUAUCUCUUUUAGCCUCAUCAAUAAAGAGUAACAAUGGCAAACUCAAUUUGCCUCCAAAAUAUGAGAAAGUUGAUUUGAAUGCACAGGAAGGAAAAGCAAGUUGGUCACCAUUAUGAAAGAGGCCUACAGGUGUUUUUGCCUUGAGCCACCUUCCCCAGCCCCCUGGAAAGUUAUUUAUUGAAACAUAAAUUCCUUCAAGACUUUUUGUUUUGCAACCCCCACCCCCUUAGGAACAUCAGAGACCCUUCUAGGGUCUGCUUGGGUAUAUUUGGGGACUGCUUCAUUGAAAGAGUGAAUUUUGAAAUGUCUGUUACUGUUACAAAUAAAACAUAUAAUUUUUGUAGUUCUGUGAAGCCUGGAUCAUUGUUGAUUGACACAAGCACAAUAGAACCAGCCGUUGCCAAGGAGAUGGGUGAAAUUGUACAGGGCAAAGGAGCCACGUUUCUGGAUGCACCAGUAUCUGGAGGUGAGGUGUCAUGUAACCCUCAACAUCUGAACAUCAGUAUGCACGUUCUCCUUACUGCUCUCUGUGGUGAUCAUUUCCUCUGUUUUCAUAACCUUCAUGUUUAAUUCAGGGGUAAUAUUGUGAGGAUAAAUUUAUGCUAGUAAAUCUUAGGGGUUGAAGGGUUCACAUGACAGACACAUCACACCUGUGGUGUGAAUUUUCAAAGGAAGACAGCUCAAAAGAUACAAAACUAUACACAGUUUCUGUGGGAAAUGUAUCAAUAUGCCAGAGAGCACUUAACAGACAAAAAAGAAGAGAUCUUGUGGUAAAUGACUAGCCAUCUGUAAUGGCAGGAUGAACAUGCUUUUCCAGCAUCCGGGAAUCUCUAAAUACGGGUUUGAUGAAUUAGGGCAUGUCAUGCAACAUGUCACAGGAAAUUGCCAUCACCAUACAGUGGAAGUACAGGAACCAUAGGAAGUUGGCAGCCUUUGAUUAGAAAAAAGUGACAAGUUAACCCUUUGACUCCAAAGAUCUCAUUGGUAAUUCUCUUUACUUUCUGCCAUACAAUUUAUAAGAUGUUUGGAUAAUUUGGUAUUGGAUCAAUUAAUUAUCCCCAGAUCGAUAUAUCUAUUUAUUCUCAUCACUUGACUGCUUGAUAUUGAAGGAGUACUCAGUCUUGGUCACUCACGGGAGAUAAAAGGUUACAGAGCUAAUUGACAAUUUAAAGUCAGCCUUUGGCUACAAACAGUGUACCUUUUUUUGAGUUGUUAAUCUAGCAAUGGUGAGAAAAAACAAAAAAUGUAGUGCAAAAAAUUUGAAGGUGAGCCCUAUCACUUUCCCAAACCAGUUUAGGGAGAGUACUGGAUUUAUCCCUUUUUAACUUUUUGAACCAGUGAUGGGAGAAAGAGGUUAUUAGUUGGAGUAUAUAAUGUUGAUCAAACUCUCAAUUUAACCAAAUAUUUGUCUGCAAAUUGAUUUCAGGGGUAACAGCAGCUAAAGGAGGAACUUUAACAUUUAUGGUUGGUGGUGAAGAUGAAGCUUAUGAAAGAGCUACAAAAAUAUUACAACACAUGGGAAAGAAUGUAAUUCACACUGGAGCUAUUGGCACAGGACAGGUAGUUUGGAUAGAAUGCAUCUACUUAACCCUUUCACUCCCAUAAGUGACCAAGACAAAUUUUCUCUUUACAGUGUCAAUACAAUGUCAAGCAGACAAAUGACGAAUGACAAUUAGGUGAUUAUUACUUAAUCCAACACCAAAUUCUCCAAACUGACAUCGUAAGAAUUGUAUAGCAUUCAGUAAGAGAUCCUGAAGUAGAAGGGGUUAAAUCUCUUACUAUUAAUAAUAACAAUGAUGGUUAUGGAAGAAUUACAGUGAUAAAUGAGAAUUAACAUUUACCGCUGUUUGCAGAAAGGUUGUCGGAAAAAGGAAAAAGUGCAUGUGACAAUCUCUAAAGGUAAUCUGAGUAUCCAGUGAUCAAUGAAUUUUAAUCGAAACUGACAAAUUUUGACAAAUGCCAACAUGCAUGUGAAUAUGAGAGGAACAAAACAAUAGAAUAUUGUUUUUUAAAAUAUUUUUUCCUCAGGUCACCCUGAAUUUGUUCUCAUUGAGUUUUACAUUGUUUCUGUUGUUCAUCGAGAUUGGUCCGUUCUUUUUUCAUUUUUCAUCAGCUUUAGAGUUAGAAGUCAGUCUCGCAAACAAAUAAAUUUAUCAAACCCCCUAUGUGUCUUCCUUAAAGUGACAUUUUUUCAGAUUUCCCUGAAUUCCUGAGGUCAAGGAAACACAACCUUAAAACUAUUUCACAAUGCUUUUGGGAGUUUUUGUGCUUUUUCUGACAACCUUUCUGCAAACAGCUGUAUACAUUACACUUAUACAUUGCUAAUUCCAAGCAGUUCAUCAGCACUUCACAUUGAAAUGGAGAAGAUGAACAAAAUGAUCUCAAAGCUCAACUAGCAAAGACAAUGUUCAGGUAAUUCUGAAGAAAAAGAAUGGUGUUCUGUAAACAUGCCCUCUUGGGUAGCAAGAUGUGAAGGAUUCACAGAUUGGGAGCAGAUACAAUUACAAUUUAACACUUGGCAUAACCUUCUCUUUACAGGCAGCCAAGAUUUGCAACAAUUUGUUACUAGCUGUGAGCAUGAUAGGAGUCUCAGAGGCCACAAAUCUAGGAAUUCGGCUGGGUCUAGAACCAGAAAUGAUUGCCAAGGUAAUUAACACAAGCAGUGGUCGUUGCUGGUCCAGUGACACUUACAAUCCCUGUCCUGGAAUCAUUGAAGGGAUCCCUUCCAGUAACAACUAUCAAGGAGGAUUUGCAUCACAGCUUAUGGUCAAGGUAAGUUGGUGCAAGAUGAAAAUAUGAUUGGCAAGAAGUUGUGUUCUUAGAUAAGAAGGGUGGGGGUACCUUUGUGUCACAGGUAGGCUGCAGGGUUUGGCCAGAUGGCAAGAGUGCUCCCCCUCCCACCACAGCAACCCUGAGCCCAGUUGCUUGAAGGGAAGAAUAAUUCUUUCCUGCAGAGGUUAAGCAUUCACAAAACAUACGGCAUUAUCUACCAGAUAGAGAUAUAUCCAUUGGAUAGUGUUAUCCACCCUUUCAAUAACUGGGGCCUUUUUUCACAUGUAGGUUGAGUUUGUUUUUGGUUUAUCCUUCCUUGAAGAGUUUUCUUCUUCCUCCAAAAAAACCAAUAGGCCAAAAUUACAAUUUGACUUUAGGACACUGGUUAAAGGGCCAGGAAAUGGAAGUGCUAUUGCUUAAAUCUAUUGAUUAAUGUUCUUUUUUAAAUUUUGGGACAUGGUAUCUAGUACUUGGAUCCAACAGAUGUAGCUGCUUUCAACAGCUGCACUGUCAAAUCCUUUAGCCUCCUUCCACCCAACUCCCCCCACCUGCCCCCCCCCUGCAAAAAAAGGUGAAUAGAUAAAUAAAUGAAUAAAUAAAUAAAUAAAUGAAAAUAAGAACUUUUUUUCCUUGGUAUUUUGAAAUCAUUUUUUUUUUUAAUCAAAUUUUUUCAAAUCAGUUUGGUGCCAAUCUUCAAAAAAUUUCAAACAAAAAUGAGUCAACAUGAUUUUGACCACCAGAAAAAAAAUUGAAAUACUCCACAAACCUAUGUUUUAUAGCAAGUGCAAGUGAUGGAAAAAAAUUGGGUUUUUCAGUUUAGCUUAUUAUCAAAGUACAGUGUGAGCGUUUGGAAUUCAGAAAAUGGCCAGUUAUUGUUAAUAAAAAGCAUUAAAUGUUUUUGUUUUUGUUACAGGACUUAGGUCUUGCUCAAAGUGCAGCAACUGCUACCACCAGUCCCACACCCAUGGGUUCACUUGCGCAUCAAAUUUAUAGGAUAAUGUGCAACAAAGGAUAUGCUAAGCUAGACUUUUCAUCUGUGUUCCAGUUCCUGAAGGAAGAUCAACAACAUUGAGAUAGUUUAUUUAUGUUGGCUAUCUUUUAGAUGAUAAAAUUAUUAAUAGUGCAAGGCGAUUCUGAAAGAAUAGGUUGUUUUGCCCAGCUAAAUUAUGGCAGACAAAAGUACUGUAAGCUGACUUAGAGAUGUAAUGAAUGAAUGUUAUCACUCUUCAUGCCUAGAAAUUUGGCUUGAUGUAAACAUGUUUACCUUUUAAAGGGGGUAAGUUUCUAAAGAAAGUGUAGUGCUGCGUUCGUGGGAGAAUAUAGCAGGGUAAUUAAGCAUUAUCAAUUGAGUUGAUAGCAUAAAUUGCCCACCGUAAAGAGUUACAGAGCUGAUCAAUGCUCAAAAUGUCAUCCUUUUGACUCUUUAAGGUGUCCAAUUAAUGUUAUCAACUCAGUUGAUAUUACUAAAUUACCAUGUAUACCUUUUAAUUUAGGCUAAAUGGGGCCAGGUGGCCUCACCAUUUUCUAAACCAUUUGUGUCAGAAGCAAAAUUAAAGGAAUAUGCUCUUCAGUUCAGAGGUCCUGUCCAAUAGUUGUUAGGUGGUUGUAACUCUAACCUGCAGUGAAGGUUGUAAGCAACAUUUCUAAAUUUUUUCAUAGUAAAUUUUAACUGUAUACAGCCAGUCUUUCACAUCUGUGAUUAACUCUAAAAGGACAGUCUCUCUGAGGCCAGCUGAAACAUUUGGGUAUCAAACUUAUGACCUCAUUUGGUAACUUAGACAUUCUCAGCAUUAUCACUGGUUAUGCAAGUAGCUCAGUGAUCUUCUCUCGGAGAUCACAUUUAUUUAAUAAUUUCCAGCUCAGCAAACAAUAUUAUAUUUGCCAAACGAGUGCAAUAUUUUAGCACAGUAUGCCCAAUAUACCUAUAGUAUUGUGUAUGCAUGAAGUUACUAUGGGUGGGUUUCUUCAGGAUCUUUUAAACCAGUUCUUUUUAAUAUUGCUUGGCAUUUGAUGGUUGUGCAGGGCAAGAAGUUUGCCACCUCAAUGGUCUCUCACUGGCUUUCUAGCUUAUACACUAGGUAUAUUUUACAAGAAGUGUAGUAAACAGAAUAUUUUCAGCAAGAAAUGGCCACCAGAAGGUGUAGAAGGGUUUAUUACUAUGCUUUUAGUUAAAAGAGUACAAGAUCAGAGUUUUAGACAUCCUACUUGAUAUCUAGGAACAUGCAAAGCUAAUACAGAGAAUAUUAGACAACAUUUUUGUAAUAACAUAGUACCUUCUGUACAAUUCUAUGGAACAUAAAUUGGCCCAAGGAUAAUGGCUUGCUGAAUUCCUGGCACUGUUUGUUCAAAGGCUGGAUUAUGCUUUUACUUGUCAGAUAAAUCUCUAUCCAGUGGAUAGUGCAGUGCAUUUUGUUAACACUUAUCCACUGGAGAGUGGGUUAUCCAUCCUUUGAGCAACUGGGCCUUGGUUUUUAAAGGUCAGGCUUGGUGAUUGGUUUUAAGCUGUUUGUUCAAGUCCUUUGCAGCCAUUCUUUGAAAUGUCAGGUAAAAAUUGGAAAGCAUCAUGUAAAGGAGGAAAGCUGUUAGCUCAACACUGACCAUGAAAAAACAGCCAAUACAGUUGGUGUUUCUAGUAUUAAAAAAAGAUCUAAAAUAGACAGAUUAACCAAACAAACUUAAUUUGUAAUGUUGGUGCAGAACAUAAAUAAACUGGCAAAUUUAAUUCUUUACUUAGCUUGAAAUAUUGAGACAC